AUGAAAAACGCGGCGGGCAAGAUCGCCCAAUGCUUCCAGGAAUUCCUCAGCUCUCUCCACUGUGAGAGCUAUGGCGGCAGGGGUGUCGACGUCACGGUGCUCCCCCCGGACCCGAGGAACCCAGGCGGCCCCGGGAGCAAAAAUCCCUUCGCACAGCCAUGGACCUUCUACGUACAGAUCCAGGAAGACCCAAAGGACCUCAUGCGCGCCUUCUUCCUGUAUCAGGAGCACUUCGCCCUAACCUCAGGCGACGAAGUACCGGACCCCACAUUCACCGGCGCGGACAUGGGCUUUGCGGCCUCUUUCAUCGAAAAACUACUGAAGACUUACGACUGCUUCCAGGACCCUCCUGAGGGGAAGUUGAGAGAAAACUGGCAAUUUGUGCUCCCCAGCAAACAAAGCAACCGCGACAAAGCUGAAGAAGCACUAGGUCAGAACAUAGCGUACGCAGCGGAGAUACUAAGGCGCCAACAUCGGCACUGCUGCUACUCCGUUUUCGUUUUCGGCCGCAAAGCGCGCCUGGCUCGAUGGGAUCGCGCCGGGGCCAUCGUGACAGAAGCUUUCGAUCUUGUGGACGAUCCACUGCCGCUGUGCGAGUUCUUCUGGUUAUUCUCCCAGAAUCUCUCCGAGGCGCAGCGUGGCUAUGACCUCACAGUUCACCCCGUCCUCUCGCCGGAUGACAGUGAGCGUUUCCAUCAAGCCAUCAGAAAGCACGCGGAGACGCAGCUCAGUAAGCAGAAGACAAUCGAGGAGGCGGUCAAGGAGCACUACUUCGAGGAUUGUGUCGUGUCUAUGUGGAUAACCACAGCUUCGGCCGACACGGACCAGCAAUUCCUCGUGUCGCGCCCUCUCCUCACACCUUUGACGUUCGUAGGACGCGCAUAUCGCUUAUAUUGGGCUCUGGAAUGCAGCACCAAUCGUAUCGUCCUCCUCAAGGACUCAUGGAGGUACCCCCUGGAUCAUUUCCAGCGCGAGGGGACGAUCAUGGAAGUCCUGUCUGACGUUCCCAACGUCCCGAGUGUUGUCUGCCAUGGUGAUGUCCACUGGGUCGAAGUCACAGCGAAUGAUGAGGAGUAUAUUCUUGACGUCCACGGCCCAGGACUCAGGUUCAUCGACGAACCUUGGGUCUGUGGAUUCAAAGAGGCACUGAAGCAACGAAUCUUCGAGCGCACACAUUAUCACGUUGUGGUGGAUGCCGCCGGUUACAACUUGCUCGACCUGAGCGGAACAUCGGAGCUGUUGCAUGGGUCGUUCCAUGCUUUUAAAGCGUACAAAUCUGAGUCUGUUGAGGAGCUAUGCGACAUGCGCACGAAUGGCAUGGCUAUAUUCACGGCGUACUCGACCCAUGGAGUGUCGUUCUUUAUCGGCCUUACGGGUCUGAUCGGCGUCGAGGUCUCAUCGUGGCCAGUGGCUACAAGCCUCAUGACCACUCAUCAGCAAGACUGGCAAUUCGUUAGCCAGGCUAGGCUUACAAACCAUGCCCUUCCGCCCGGUCUCCUCCAGGAUAUGGAGUCUAUGAUCUGGCUUCUCAUCUAUUGCGGGCUCUUACGUCUUCAGCAUGAUCAGGAACCUGCGGAGACUCGACGUUAUCUCGAGAUGGUGUUUGAUUUUUACUCACCUCAGGUCAAGGACAAGGGCCUAGGGCCCCUAGGCGGCACCGGAAAGCUUGCUGAACUACGGCAGAGAACUCUUAUUCGAACGGUCCAUUGGACCAACCACGUAUUCCAGCAGUGGAUACAUACUCUCCUCGACGCCCGAUCCCCAUUAGACGACAAUCCUUGCCGAGAUGAGUUCAAGGCGUUGUGGAACCCAAGUACAAUCGCGGCGAUAUGGAAGAACAUGCUUUACCAGGACACCAUUCCCGAUGACGAGAUGGUCAAUAACCUUGACCCUGACCAACUCGGGACGGACAUGGUAUCCGCCAUUCCCGCUGCUGUUGCUCGCACACAGUCGCAGAUGCCCACGAGCAUCAGCACGAGGUAUCAGACACGCUCUAUGACAGCGUUGAGGCACAUGGAAUCCGCGAAGAAGGCCGUCAAAGUCGAGUACCUUCGCGUUGGAGUGGCAGGAAAGGCGCCAGCCCAUCAUUCGCGAACCCACGGUACAUCAAUGACGACAUAUACGCACCUUGCUGCAGCGAUGCAGCCAUUUGUGAUGAGCGGCGGACUAGCAGCCGCAAGUUCUCUGGAGACGGCGCAUGGCCCGGAAUACACGAGCAUGACGCAUAGAUAUGCGCAGCCUGUACCAGAUGCGGAUGGAGGAGCGUCAUCACGUCCCAAACACGCACCGGCGCAGAGUAGGAAGGUUCAGAUCAGUCUAGGCAAGAAGAGUGCAUUGAGGAAGAUGGUGUGA